AUGGCUCGCAUUGCCGUCGAGAUUGAAGGCGAUAGCCCCCCAGAUCCCAAAUUUCUUCCUAACCCCCCACGCUUCAACGUCGAAUUACCACCCACAUCGUGCUUCACCGAAGAUAAAAAUGGUAGCCUCACGAGAAAGUUCUUUACGAGCCCAGAUGAGCUCGCAAAUCACUUGAAGCGCGCCAUAAUGCGUCGCAAGGAGAGGAAAUUGUAUGUUUUGGAAGGGCUACCGAUUGAAUAUGUACAGGUGUUUGGGUUGCACUUCAACAUAGAUGUGGAUAUUUUUGAUUCACAUGCGAUGAGAAAGAGUGUGCAAUUGAAUAAGCUGAAAUUUUCAACGAAACCAGGGAAUGAGAAGAAAGUUCGAACUUUUGCUCUGGACCAUCCUGAAAUUACGGUAAACAUUACUCCGCCACCAGAAGCCAAUGAUGGAGUUGUUGGUGAUUUCAUGCUGCCGUGUCAAACGAUAGACAUCUCCGAUGAAGGGUGGAAUGGAAUAAGUGUGAGAUUAUGUCACGUGACUUUAGUGUGCUUUCCUGAAGAAGAUGGAACUGAAACCUUAUUAUUGCUCCUAGAAAAUCAGUCGUGGGCGAGAAGAGGCGCACAGUUUCAAACUGCGGGUUACCAUAGUAUUCUUGCAAAUGCCCUCAAGAGUCUUCCAGAAGGAACGCAAAAAUGGAAACCAUCUCGAAAACAUGAUCCAGCUUUGACUCUAGCAGACGAGAUUUUCAAUUCUAUAGAAUCUCCAGGUAGUAUCCUGAUUUGGGAUAACCUCACAGAGAUACUUGCUGAUACCGUACUCGGACAAUGGAAAUUUGCCUUGGGCGAAGUAAUUGAACAUGCAUGUGCAUCUAGAUCGAUUCCCUAUCACGGAAUACAUCAAGUAUGUGAUCUAAUAGAGUCUAAUAUUUGGACUUUGGAUCGUACUGAGGCUUCCCGGAGCCCUCGUUAUGUCGUUAGGAUGGAAGGAUUCAAAAGACUUUUGGAGAAAGCAAAGCGUCAUGCAGAAUUACUUGUAUGGGGACAAAUUUUGGAGGAGGGUCUUGAGACGAAGGGCAAAACUGAAAGUGGGAGCAACAAUGAGGAUGACGACGAUACCACUUCCACGGCUUCUUCUAAGUCGGGAGUGCAUAUUCGUGGAGGAGAAGCCUUAGAUCUGGAAACCCGCCAAAGCAUCAACAGAGUGACCUAUCUUGGCGGUGUGUUGCUCCCGUUCUCCAUAAUCGCGGCAAUAUUUUCGAUGGGUGGGAAUUUUCAGCCGGGUGGAGAUCAGUUCUUCAUAUUUUGGGUCAUUGCUAUUCCAGUAUGUAUGCUUACAACAGUUUUAAUAUAUGCGGAUAGUAUUAGGCGAAUGACCUUGGAGCAAUUCGCUCAACAGUAUGGGUCUGCUGCAGUGACGGUAGAAGCUGAUGAUAUGGUUACCUCGUCAAUUUCCGGCAGUGAGAUCAUUUCAUACAAAGCAGGCAUCAAAGAACGUCUUAGAUCGCGUAUUCCUGAUAUUUGGAAUCCACGCAGAGCUGGUUCUUCCUCCAGUGUUGGCUAUACAGAUAGCGACAGCGAUAGCGAUGAUGGUUCAUCCUCUACAAGCAGUGCUCGGCUGCCUCCAGGUCUGUCCAUAGAUGGAGAUUUAUUAGUUCGCAAGAAAAAGAAAAGGGUGCCAAGAUUGAGGAGUUGGCGAUUUUGGAGACGGAGACCUCUGGAUCGAAAUUCAGAUCCGGAGAACGUCCUGUCUUCUCCUACACAUUCGGAUCACAGUGUAUCUUCACCUUCUGCGCCCCUUUCACCUUCUCCGCCAUCUAAAUUUCUUCCUAUUCCAUCUUCACCAAAAAUUACACCGGUGAGACCCAUUCCUGUUGGAAAUAAUCCUCCAGGAUCUCUUGCUUCCGAUCACUCUCCAACCGCCGGACCAGCACCGCCAGAAACACCCCCAAUUAGCCUUCCGUCGCCCGAUCUUGACCAAAUUAUCCCUGAACCAAUAGUCUCUGAGCUAAGCUGGGGAUCUUGGGGAACUCCUUUAAAGAAAGCCAAAAAAGGCAAGAAGGGCAAGCGCAAGACGGCAAGUCUGAAUGAUGACUUCAAUAUCCCAGACCAUUCGCAUCCAGCCAAUCCUCCAUCUACACCAGACCCUGCAGAGAUACCACUACCUCCAUUGGAUUCAGAUUCGGAUGACUGGCGGGAGCAAGACAGUUCUGAGGGGAUGCGCCCUGAACGAUCUGCAUCUCCAGGUCAUGCAGACUCGGAUUAUGCCACGGAUCGUGAACGUCUUUCUUUAGAAAGACGCAUGAGAGAAAAUAACGACUGGCAACUGACCAGAAGGAGAAGCAGAGAAUAUCCAGGCAGUGGAGAUGAAUACGAGCGCAUUAUUGAGGGAGAGAUCAUUUUACGUCGCCGGCGCCGGUCCGAGCAUUCUGUAACGUCUGAGGAGAGAAAACAUGGAAUCGACAGAACGACUGAAAAGCUUGUCGAAGAGCAGGAAAUAAAACGUGCGACAGAUGAUAUCGUAAAGAAUGAUGAUGAUGUUUCGGAAGACCGAGGAAGACCACGAAGACGAUCUAGAAUACGACAGUCCCAUCAUGGGGCUUAUUAUGAUUACCCAAGGCGGCUAACUCCAAACACUGAUCCUACUAAGAUACCAUUGCCACCGUCACCAGAAGAACUAUCAGAGGAGGAACACAUUAGAACGAAACUAGAGAGAGAGAAACUCGAAUACCUUGAGAAGUUGAGGCAAAAAGAACGUCAUAAGAGGAUGGCGGAGAUGGAAGAGAAACAUGCAAAGAGGCGAGCAGAGGAAGAAUAUGCAAAGAGGCGAGCGGAAGAGGAGUAUGCGAGAAAAAUAGCCGAAGAGGAAUACAAGAAAAAAGCUGCAGAAAGUAAAGCUGCCAAGGGAAAAGAUCGAGCUUACUCCCCCGUGGCAUCCGAUGACAAGGGAGUAAAACCAGCGAUAAAGUUCAAGGAUGCUGUGGGAAGGAAAUUCACGUUUCCGUUUCAUUUAGUGUCCACAUGGGCUGGAAUGGAAGACUUAGUGAAACAAGCCUUCCUUCAUGUCGAUAUCAUUGGUCCUCACGUCAAUGAUGGUCACUACGAUCUCCUUGGCCCCACCGGCGAAAUUAUCCUCCCUCAAGUAUGGGAAUCAGUUAUUGAGCCUGGCUGGUUGAUAACCAUGCACAUGUGGCCAAUGCCGGAGCCGCGAAGGCAAGCACCCGCGUCUAUGCCUCCUAGGCCAGGACAUCCCGGUAACUUUCCACCACCUCCACCGCCACCUGGAUUUACAGCAACCCAGCCUGGUGGCUUGAUGAGUGGACCUACUCCGAGAAUGAAGAAAUCUACGCAGACUGAAACUAUGGGCUGGAUGGCAGCACGUCACUCGAAAUCCCGCAAUAAACAGAAGUCGGUACCGAUACGACUUGGGCCUCCUCCACCGCCACCGGCAUCUGGAAGACGAGGAUCUGAUACUGUCGUCAUAAUAGAAGAACAGCCACCAAAAGUUCACAGAAGACAAACGGGUAUGAGCGACAGACAUGGACACGGAACAAGCGGCCGUGGUAGAAUUGGGGGAGCAGCAAAGCCUAAUGAGGAGUUGGGGUGGGUGAGAGCCUUGGGAACCAUUGUUGGUGUGAAGCCGGGGAUACAGGUGAAGAAACGGAGUGGUGGAAGUAGUUCAUCGUCGAGUGUUUGA